AUGGCAAUCGAUCUUCAGCCAUGGCUGGAUGGCAUUGAUGCCAGCAUGGUCUUUCACCCAGCUAACGCCUUUGUGAUUUCCUGCGGCACCGUGACGCUUGACCUCGGCCGCGGAAAGGUGCUGUUGAUCUGGAACCGGAAUCUUCAAAUCUUUCAGCUGCCCAAGGGCCGAAGAAACAUUGACGAACCCAUGCUCAACGCGGCUCUACGGGAGACAUACGAAGAGACCGGGGUGCGAGCGACGCCGUUGAAACUCAACAUUGCCACGAGAGCAACACCACCCACCGUCGACGAAGGGAUGGGGGCACCACAGAAGAGCCCCCAGAUCACCGAAGGACACAUGAGCACCGAAUUCGUCGGCGCCUGCCUCUAUCCAGACCCGCAGUCGGAUACGAAAGCGCUCAAGGCUGUCUUCUUCUUCGUGGCGACGGCCGACUCGACAGCCACGGGAGACAGUGGUACGCAGGAGGCAUACGAAAAGCUUGAGGCGUCCUGGGUGUCCAUCUCGGAAGUGGACCAGAAGCUUCGGUUCGCGAGCGAAGUGGCCGUUGUGAUGAAGGCAGUGGCCGACAUUAGGAAAUCGGGAUACACCAUCAACAGUGCCUAG